UACGCAUGCGCACUUGCCUAUUUUGCCUUCAACCACGAAAAAUGGCGCUUAUCCGUAGGUUGCAUCGAUAGCGGUGGAAAAUAAACUGCUUAUGUGGGAAGAGUUCAGUUUCUGUGGAAUCCAUUAUGGCGAGCAAAUAUGCAGUCAAAACCUAUAGCCGAUCCUAUGGUAGGGAGACUGCUGCUAGCAAGGCCUUUGAUGAAAUAGUGACCAACAAGUCUGGAGCUCAGAACAUGCCAAUUAAAACAGCAAACACAAAAUGGGGUAAAACACAAUUCAGUAGAGUCAGAGAUGAGGAUCCUUUUCAAACCACGUGUAAGAAAGUUAAGUCAGAGGUUGAGACCGAGGAUCCAUUCUCUUUUGGAUCUGAUGAAAGUGAAACUGCAAGACAGAAAAUGGUCAAAGAAGAACCCCCUACUAGCUCACACGCCGCAGGUUUGGGACGACCAGCUAUCCCUAAUAUGAAGGUCAUCAAAUCACAUUCUUACACACCUGAAAAAAAUAAGAACGAACCAGAGGCACGAAAUCUUGAUAGUCAACCUACAUUUAAGAGACCAGUAAGGACCUAUUCUCGUGCUGCUAAAAAACAGAAUGUUGACAAUACAAAACAGUUAUCAAUAGACCAGUUUGCAAAACCAGUCUCUAAUGAUGAAGAUGAUGACAUGCCAGUACUUGAGCCGGAGGGUUCUGCCGCUGCAGAUCCAUAUGCAUCACAUUCCAGUAGUUAUGCAGUCAUUGAAUCUUCAGAUGACUCUGAGGAAAAGCCAGACCCUUACUCACAGUAUGAUGAAGACGAAGAGGAAGAAGGGGCUCCCCAUCUGUUGAAUGAGCAACGUCUCACUUAUAGCAGGCAUUCAAAGAUGGCUGCAUUUUCUGGAAUUGUUUCUAGCUCCCCUAAAACACAUCUGCUACAAUCUGAUGAUGAAGAGAAUCCAAAGGCAACUGUUCUGAACUUCCGAAGCCAUUUUAUGGACCCAGCAGUUUACAGUAGAUUUAAUUAUGUUCCACGUCCAGAGGACCCAGUAGGAAGACUUAACAACAGUAAAGUUCUUCAAAAAAGUGAAAUAAAACAUGGUAAAGGAUCAACACUUAUUGUGAUCUGCUCCCCUAAGCCACCAACGGGUGAAAGUAAGACAAAACUUUACCACCAGAAAACAGUCAGAGAGCCUUACUCACGAGAUAAUGCUGAAACAACUGCAGAUGAUUUGCAGAAUAGUGGUAAUGACUCUCAAGAACUUUGUAAGGUGGAAGAAUCUGGAACCGAUACUUCAAACUUUGAGUUUUCAGAAGAAAGUAGUGCUUCUACUCCAAGCUUGGAGGAACACACCUCUGCCACAAAUGAAAAUGACAACCCAGUUAAAAUACAGUACUCGUCCAGGAAAGGUGUUAAACGGGGACGAGAUACUUCUGACAAAUCAGUUAGGUAUAAUAAAUUCUUCAGGUCAAGAAAUUCAGCAGCAAUGAAUGAAGAAAAUGAUUCCAAGAAAAUCAGUUCUAGUCCAGAGGAGCAGCAGACAGGGCUUGAUGACAAUAAUCAGGAAAAUGACCAUGAGCAAAACACUGCUCCCAAAGAACAUCCAGUUCAUGUCAAGGCCAAUAAAAAGAAGCAGGACAUUUCAACAUCAUUUGGUUUUGAUGAAGAUGGAGAAUCCCAACCGAGUCUAGAAAGUUCAGAGAAGUCUGAAGGUGAUCCUUCAGCUCCUCAGUCCAUGGAAGUUGGUGAGGAUGCUGAGCAGACCAUGCAACAGAGUGAGGGCAGUCAGUCGGAGGAGGAAGAGAUGGACAGCUCUCAGAACACACAAGAACUCAGUCAGACAUCAGCUGAUUCGCAGGAGGCAGAACCUCCCAAACUGACCAAGGCCAAGACAGUUCGUGUCAGAGAAAAGAAAAUCUUCAAAUCCAAAAACAAAGGAGAUGUGCAAAAGAAAAUGUUGCAAAGUCCCAAAAAGUCUCCAUCGAAGGCCGUGUACAAUGUCCGUUCCUGGCAAGAAGACUUUGAUGAAGAGGAAAGGGUAACAUUUAUCAAAAAUAACAAGAAUAAGGAUGAUGCAUCUGGGCCACCCAAGCUUGUGCCAAUCCCUAAAAUGGCCCCCAAGUUUGAAGAGCCAGGAGAGCGCCCAAAUGAGCCUCCCAAGUUGUCAAGGGCAGUGCACUGGCCGGACAGGCUAGGGGAUGAAGCGUAUACCUCUGUACACGUCUCCAAAGAACACAAGGAGUUGUUCACAGUGGUAAAGAAUGUGAAGCAGGCUCACGAGUGUCAGGAAUAUGGGGAGACUCAGGAGUUCUCCGACGACGUCGAGUACCUACUGGCUGGACUCCAGGAAGGACAACCCAUGUCCACACGCUGCCUUAGCUGUACAGGACUUGCCCAGAAAUGUAUUUUACCUGCAUUCAGGAUGCAUUUGAGAGCCCAUGGUACGGUAGCCAAGAUCUUCUGUUCCCUCCAAGAUGCCUGCACUGAUCCUAGUCUCGCCCUAUGCACAGCUCUGUUGAUGUUUAUGCUAAGUCGUGAUCGUCUGAACAUGGAUCUGGAUGGAGAGAGUCUGGACCUGAUGCUCAAGUUGUUGGGUGUUGAUAACCAAGAGCAGCUCAGUGCCACUAUAACAGCCUCAGGGAAGCGUGCACUCAAUCGUAACCGUGACCGUGUCGGCGCAGUGUACGAGCAGCUACAGCAGGAGUGCGGUACUAAACUGCCAGACCUGGAGAGUAUCUCUACUGGUAACCUGGCCAUGGAGUCCCUGUUGAGCCUAACAUCAAGAAGGGCUGGUGAAUGGUUUAAAGAGGAGCUUCGGACACUUGGUGCUUUGGAUCAUAUUGUAGAUACAGUGUGUUCCUGUAUUGAGGCUGUUGGAGACGACACAACUCUCCUGACUGAUAGCACCAUAGAAAAUUUCAAGAAAAUUGACCGUUGUCUCAGGGUAUUGGAGAAUGUAACAUUUGUGAAUACAGAAAACCAGACGUAUUUGAUAAGUUACAAACAAGGAGUUUUGGUUCAGUCAAUAUGCAGGGCUCUGAAAACAUGUGAGCAGUGCUUGCCCGUUUACCCACUGGUGGAGUCUGAGAAGAUCGAGAAAGAUUCCACCGGUUAUGUGGUGUACAGUUGUGUCCUGGCUAUCCUGCGAGUGUUACUCAACCUCACACACGAUAAUGAGUUUGGGAGUACAAAGACUGGAGAGCAGACGGACUUUAUCAAUGUGGUGCUCACCUGUAUUCUACAGACCCCCCAGCAUGUCCCAGUCGACAUGCGCUUUGAUAUUCUGGUGCUGAGUCUGGGACUGAUGAUCAACUUAGUGGAACACUGUGAGGUCAACCGUAGACGUCUGAUUGAUGCCAAAACAGAAUCACCCUAUGAGUUUGAGAAACACCAGAAAGACUUACUGCCUGCUGCGAAGGCCCUAGUCCAGGUAUUUUGUCAUCGGUACGAAAUAGCCAAGAAGAUGGAGGAGCAGGAUUUUGGGGAGCCUACCACCCCUCAGGCAUCACCCAACAAAAGUGGCGAGUGGAAGGAGUCUGACUCUGGGAUAGAGUGGGUCAUCAACUCAGCCAAAAAGGCCAAGGAGGCAGAGCGGGAAGAGAGGGCCAAUGAUGACGACACACCUCUAAAGGAGAAACUCAAACAGAACGAAGAGGAUGGCAAAAAUGCUAACAUAGAUGAUGAAGAAACAUUCACAAAAGCUCUCCACAGAGCAGGGAAGCACAUGGAGAACAGCAUUGUAGCAUCUUAUGUAGCACUACUACUGGGCUGUGUGAUACAGGACAACACGAUGUUUGUGGACAACAUAAAAGUAUUCCUCCCGAAAGGCAACUUUGAUGACAUGAUAACAAUUCUGAAGAAAUUUUUAGGCUUUAUGAAUUUAACUACUGCCAUUGGAAGCACAGGAGGGAAAUCCAUAGCACAUGUGAUUGAGGUACUGGAGGGCUGCUAGCGACACCAGUUCACUCAUCACUACAUGUCGGACAGAAAAAAAUAAAUAAACAGCUGGCUGUAUUUAACACAUUUCAAUAUAUAUGUCCUAUUUCCUAUAAGAUUGAAUCUUAUUCUUGGCUAGGAAAUAUGGAAAUUGUGAUAGUAAAAUAGUUUUUCAUUCAUUCUUGCAUUCAUAUAUUGGAUAUGUGGCAAAAGUUGUGGUGAUGUUUUUCUAAAAUAUGGACAUACUCCAGUUGUGAAAAUGAAUAACAUUUUUGAACUGAAACUGAUGUGAAUUAAAAAAAUGUUAUAAAUUAUGAAUGUUCGAUAGAUGAUGACCGGAUAGCAUUUUUAAACAUCAUUUGUAAACAUUUCAAUCACACACGUACAAUAGCAAUUUUCAUUAAUUUACACAUUCAUGAGAAUGGUACACUUUACCUUAUCUGUAUAGUUUUAGUGUAAAGAUUUUUGUACAUAAAAAUCUUGUAAAUGUAGAUUGAUAGGCAUUAGUGUGCCGUUUUACUGUAGGAUGAUAAUAGGAGAGGUGUGUCUUGAUGAGGGGCGUGUCCUCUGUUCUGUGGUAUAUAGUACAGAUGAGGGGCGUGUCCUGUGGUAUAUAACAUAGCGAAGUGUACCGUUUUACUGUAGGAUGAUAAUAGGACAGGUGAGAGGUGUGUCUUGAUGAGGGGCGUGUCCUCUGUUCUGUGGUAUGUAGUACAGGUGAGGGGCGUGUCCUGUGGUAUAUAGUACACAUGAUGUGCGUCUCCUGUGGUAUAUAGUACACGUGAUGGGCGUGUCCUGUGGUAUAAGUAUAGUUGAGGGUGUGUCCUGUGAUAUAUAGUACAGGUGAGGGGCGUGUCCUGUGGUAUAUAGUACAUGUGAGGGGCGUGUCCUGUGGUAUAUAGAACAGGUGAGGGGCGUGUCCUGUGGUAUGUAUGUAUGGUGACUAUAAUUUCUUACACUGAAUGGAACAGAUGUUUUGUUUGUUGAAAAGAAAAUGGACUUAAAUAUUGCUUUAAUGACAUGCAUUUCAACAAAUAAUAUAAUGUUUUGUUGGAAUCUUUGCUUUGUAUGUAGGUCUUUGAUAACCACCUUUGAGGGAGCAUGGCUAAUGAGUAUCUUUGGACUGAAGAACUGUUCACUUUUGACCAGAGUGUAAAACAGCAUCUCUGGCAAGACUGAGAUAUCAGCAACUGUUUCGGUAUUUUUGGGGAAUGUCUAAUCUGAAAAAUAAUCAAUAGAACUAGACAACUAGCAGCACCCUAGGGAUUUUAUGAAUGACGAGCACCCUUUAAAAGUGAGUGAAUGAUCCCCGUUUUUGUAUGAUUGAGCCAGUGGUUGUAAUGUUGUAUGAUCGACACCGUUUCCAUUGAGAAUUACAGUGCAAUCAAGGCAUGUUCUAUUUCCCUGUAUCAAUAAAACUUUGAUUAAUAUAGUGUGUGUGGUGCAGGUUAGAGGAAGUUAGAAAUAGGGUUUGAAGAAUGGGAGUAUUUUGGAAUGAAAAUGUUGUGAAAUCAAGUGGCCUUUCAUUGCUUAAAUAUCAUUAAAUAAAUGUUGUUGUUUUUUAACCCCAACUCAGUUUCAUUUACCAGAUUGUAAAACAGUUAUACAAAAAAAAUGUCCACAGACCUGAUAUGACCAAAUUCAAUGGGAGUGGAUUAAGUAAGGGUGAGCAGUUGAUAUUUUAGAAACAGAAUUUCUAAUAAAAAUGUACAUAAUCCUGUGAUGACUUUAGGUAGGUUCCUGAGGGAAGUGCUCUGUACUCGUUUUUCCAUGUGUUUCUCCCUGUGUUUUCUGUGUCUAUAGCUGGAGCCAGGUCACACCAUGUAGUCUUCAAUAUCAUAUGUUUGUUAACAACAUUUCAUUAA